CUCCUAUCUUAUUUACCUGGGCAUUUUCAUAUUCUCAGUUCAUCCUUCACCGGCCACCAUCGCCGCCGCUGCCGCCAUGGCGACCGCCGCCGUAUCUCUUUUACACUUUACCAGAAUCCCCAGAAACCACGUGGCUAUCUUCCCUUUAUUCCGCCCUACACGCCCAUCUUCACUUAGCUUCAGACCCACCUCCAAAUCACAGAUACUUUCUUUCAAUUAUAUCUCUACAUAUUUUACUAGAUACUUUUCAGUCACUGCUUCAAGUUCAUCAGAUUGGAGUAAUCAGGUUGUAGCGAGUGAUGAAAAAUAUGACGUAAUAGUGGUAGGAGGCGGCCAUGCUGGAUGUGAAGCUGCUCUUGCCUCUGCUCGUUUAGGGGCUAAAACGCUUCUUCUAACCCUUAAUAUUGAUCGAAUUGCGUGGCAGCCCUGCAACCCAGCAGUUGGUGGACCUGCAAAGUCUCAACUAGUACAUGAAGUGGAUGCACUAGGUGGUGAAAUUGGAAAGAUUGCUGAUAGGUGUUAUUUGCAAAAGCGUGUUCUUAACGUCUCUAGAGGUCCUGCUGUUAGAGCAUUGCGUGCUCAAACUGAUAAAAGAGAAUAUGCUAUUGAGAUGAAAAAGAUUGUUGAGAGCACUCCCAAUUUGUCAAUUCGAGAGGCGAUGGUAACAGAUCUUUUGCUGGGAGAAAAUGAUGAUGUCAAAGGUGUUCGGACAUUCUUUGGGAUGAACUUUUAUUCUAAAUCUGUUGUUCUUACAACUGGAACUUUCAUGAGUGGCAAGGUUUGGAUCGGCAGAACUUCUAUGCCUGCAGGAAGAGCUGGGGAAUCAGCUUCCCUUGGUCUGACAGAGUAUUUGCAGUCACUUGGAUUCGAAACUGAUCGGUUAAAAACCGGGACACCUGCACGAGUCGACUCACGCACCGUUGAUUUCUCUCUGUUGGAGCCUCAGCAUGGAGAUGAAGAGGUGCACUGGUUUAGUUUUGAUCCUGAGUACCACAUUGAACGGGAACAAAUGUGCUGCUAUCUCACUCGUACCACAGAAAUCACUCAUCAGCUAAUAAAAGACAAUUUACAUGAGACUCCCACUUACGGGGGAUGGGUGGAAGCUAAGGGACCUCGAUAUUGCCCCUCAAUUGAGGAUAAGAUUGUGAGAUUCCAGGAUAAAGAUUCCCAUCAAAUAUUUCUUGAACCAGAAGGCCGAAGUGUGCCCGAUCUUUAUGUGCAGGGAUUUUCAACUGGGUUACCUGAAAGAUUACAGUUACCACUGUUGAGAACCUUACCAGGAUUGGAAAAUUGUUCGAUGCUUAGGCCAGCAUACGCUGUCGAGUAUGAUUACUUACCUGCUCAUCAGUGUUCCAGGUCUCUUAUGACAAAAAAAAUCGAAGGGCUUUUUUUCUCUGGUCAAAUAAAUGGAACAACAGGUUAUGAAGAAGCUGCUGCUCAGGGAAUUAUUUCUGGAAUAAAUGCUGCCAGACAUUCAGAGGGGAAACCUCUUAUCGUUCUUGAGAGGGAAAGUAGUUACAUAGGUACUUUGAUUGAUGAUCUGGUCACCAAAGAUCUUCGAGAACCUUACCGCAUGCUGACAAGCCGCUCAGAAUACCGGUUAAUUCUUCGAUCUGAUAAUGCUGAUAGCCGUCUCACACCUCUAGGACGUGAAAUUGGUUUGAUUAACGACAAAAGGUGGACAGCAUACCAAGACAAGCAAGCUCGAAUCUCAGAGGAGAAAAAGAGAUUGAAGAGUGUCCGGGUUACAAGUGAAGAGUUAUUCAGUGAAGUUACUCUUCUGUCCGGUCAACCAGUAAAGGAUCAUUCAACUCUUGAAGGUCUCCUCAAAAAGCCACACAUUGAAUACAAACUGCUUGACAAACAUGGUUUUGGUGGUGAUGACCUGUCUAGGAUAGAAAAAGAAUGCAUUGAGAUCGAUAUCAAGUAUGAAGGCUUGAUAGCACGCCAACACAGCCAAUUGCAACAGAUGGUUCAUCGACAACAUAAACCCCUUCCCGCGGACUUAGAUUAUCAUUCGAUGAAUACUUUAUCACAUGAAGCACGUGAAAAGCUUUCAAAGGUAAGGCCACAGACUAUCGGUCAAGCAAGCAGGGUUGGCGGGGUUAGCCCUGCAGACAUCACGGCACUUCUUAUUGUCAUGGAGUCCAACCGCAGGAAAGCUCAAGAACUGAAGACGCACCAAAUCUUGGCUUCUGUAAUUGCAGAUUCGGCAUAAAUCAAUCUUCUGUUGAAAACGAGUUCUGGGACCCUACAUAUCUCGGCUAAUCCAUCUAUGAGAUGGUCGAAGAAUCGUCAACUUUCAUGUACAUAUGAGAUUAUUAUGUUAUCAUAUUAAUUAUGACUAUCCGUAAAUUCUGGUAUUGGGUAUAUUUUAUUAUUUUUGAUUUUUGAUAUUGAAGUAGUGAAAUGAUAGGUGUAUAUGUAAUUGUAAUAUGCGAUAUUCAUAUAUCAUUAAUAAAAGUACACUUAAAUUUCUAACCAUA